UGUUCCCUGGCAAAUGUUUGCGGAAGUGGAAGCUUGAACAAAUAACAGUUCAAUUAAUAAUCUCUGUUGUAUGCGAGAUACACUCAACUUUUUCAAUGAUCUCGUUAUUUGCGUCGUUGGUUUACAAUGAAUGUGUCAAAAAUCAGCAACACACAUUGACGAGUAUUUAGUUAUUUAUUCUGCCCUCCCCUCCCAAAACAACUGGAAACGUGUGAGCUGUCCUACUACGUCGUCAGCUGAGACAGGCGACAUGGCGACUUCAGCGGGCUUCAAGGUUCUAUAUGAGCAUGAUGGAGUUUUUAUACACACCGACCCAGAAAGUAGUGAGGAGCAGGAUUCUCUGACUUCGGGAUCCCUGCGUGUCCUGGACCAGGAUGGAGACAUAGUGCUGGAAUAUAAACCCGUGGAACAUGUUGACCACUCUGCCAUGCUGUGUGCUGCCAAGGAGUCGAGCUCUGUGUUUGAAUGGGGACAGCGGCACCAGGGUCCAAGCCAAGACCCAGGAGACAAGCCUACCAGGCAGGUGGAGCACCAGCUGAGCUGUGAGACAGAAUGGGACAUGGUUCACACUGUUCAGUUCAGGAAGAAACCCAGCAACAAUGAAGGUGCUCCUCCUCAACCCGCUCCCAUCCCAGAGAAGAGUAAGGGUUCCCGGCUGUUGUUCCGUCUCAGUGACCUGGCCUCGGUCAGGGUGAAGGAGGAGGGCUGGUCCUACCUGGUGUUCACCCUCAGAGACAGCAACAUGGGGGUUGAGCUGCCUGCCCUACACUUUCACCAGGGAGGUAGUGAAGUCUUCCUGGACUGUCUCAGGAAGUACAUGCUGCUGACAGAGUCUACCACAGAUGCCUCCCUCCUCCAGGUCAGCCCCCACAGCAGAGCUCUGUCCCAGUCCUUUGAGAACCUGCUAGAUGAGACCACCUUCGGACUUAUUACGAAGUUUUCCCAGGACCCAGUCACCACUACGCUGGGUGGUUUCUCCAAGGUGACCAACUACCUGUUUGACGCGUUCCGGGGUCCAGACACGGUGCUACUGAAGCAGAGGCCUGUCGGGGAGGUGGCAGACCUGCUGAAUGAGACCAUACCUGGUCUGGACAUCAACCAGCUGGAGGAACCAGGCUUUGAGGUUAUCACCAGGAUUGAUCUUGGCGUGCUGCCAGAGGUCCGGCGUAGGGAGCCUGUUGGGGCGAAGGAGUGGAACACCAACAUGGACCCCGAGGGACGCAUGAGGAACAUCUCACACCUCAAACAGACCAUUUUCAAAGGGGGUCUGUGUCACGUGUUGAGGAAGGAGGGAUGGAAGUUUCUGCUGGGCUACUUCCCCUGGGAGAGCACCCUGGAGGAGAGGAGGAGUCUGACCAGGAGGAAAACGGAUGAGUACUUCCGUAUGAAGCUCCAGUGGAAGUCAGUGAGUGAGGAGCAGGAGAAACGCAACAGCAUGUUUAGAGACCACAGGAGUCUAAUAGAGAAAGACGUGAACAGGACAGAUCGGACCAACACUUUCUACGAAGGACAAGACAACCCCGGACUGAUCCUGCUGCACGAUGUCCUCAUGACCUACUGCAUGUAUGACUUUGACCUGGGCUAUGUCCAGGGUAUGAGUGACCUGCUGUCUCCGAUCCUCUAUGUGAUGGAGGACGAGGUGGACGCCUUCUGGUGCUUUGUCUCCUUCAUGGACCAGAUGCACCAAAACUUUGAGGAGCAGAUGCAGGGAAUGAAGACUCAACUGAUCCAGCUCAGCACUCUGCUACGACUACUGGACCUGUCCUUCUGGAACCACCUGGUGGCCCAGGACUCUGGUCACCUGUACUUCUGCUUCCGCUGGCUCCUGAUUCGCUUCAAGAGAGAACUGAGUUUCCCUGAUGUCCUGCGUCUUUGGGAGGUAAUGUGGACCGGGCUGCCAUGCCAGAACUUCCACCUGCUGGUGUGCUGUGCCAUCCUGGACUCAGAGAAACACCAGAUUAUGGAGAAACAAUAUGGCUUCAAUGAGAUCCUCAAGCUCAUAAAUGAACUGUCGAUGAAACUGGACAUCGUGGCCAUCCUCAACAAAGCUGAAGCUAUAUGCCUGCAGCUGAAGAGUUGUAAGGAUUUGCCCAACUCCGUGGUUGAGAUGCUUGGAUUCAACAGCACAGACACUGAGUCAUCAUCCCAGUCAGAAGACACUGAGAGAACGGACAGACCGGACUCUCCCGAACCUUCGACACCGUCAGACGACCAGCAGGACUUAGUCUCUGAGCACAACCCCGGCGGCAACAGCAGACACUUACGGGACGCGGCGCGUGACGUUUACAAAUUAGCCUACAUAUCGUAGCCAGCCUGGCUAACAGUCGUCUCUCGUCCAGUGAGAGAUUUGGUUCUGGUGGUUGAGACGAGGCUCACAGCCUAGUGGAAAAGGUGGAUUGCCUCUCUCCCACCUCACAGACCGAGGAGAGAUAGGAAACGGCUUCUCAGGGCAGUAUCUUUCUAAUAGAGCCCAAGAGGUAUUCAUUUAAAGGAAGUUUUUCAAAUCAAAUAAUUUUUUGUAAUGAUUCUCUGUCUGUUAAUCGUCAAAUUUUUCUUGUUCGAUGGUGGUCUUUGAGUUUUUAGGAUAUUGUUCCUUAUUACCCCUGGACUCCAAGGUAUUUAGUGUUCAUCAGAUUGCUCCUUAUUGCCCCUGACUCCCAGGUAUUUAGUGUUCAGCAGAUUGCUCCUUAUUGCCCCUGACUCCAAGGUAUUUAUUGUUCAGCAGAUUGUCCCUUAUUGCCCCUGACUCCCAGGUAUUUAGUGUUCAGCAGAUUGUCCCUGACUCCAAGGUAUUUAGUGUUCAGCAGAUUGCUCCUUAUUGCCCCUGACUCCCAGGUAUUUAGUGUUCAGCAGAUUGUUCCUGACUCCCAGGUAUUUAGUGUUCAGCAGAUUGUUCCUUAUUGCCCCUGACUCCCAGGUAUUUAGUGUUCAGCAGAUUGCUCCUUAUUGCCCCUGACUCCCAGGUAUUUAGUGUUCAGCAGAUUGUUCCUGACUCCAAGGUAUUUAGUGUUCAGCAGAUUGUCCCUUAUUGCCCCUGACUCCCAGGUAUUUAGUGUUCAGCAGAUUGUUCCUGACUCCAAGGUAUUUAGUGUUCAGCAGAUUGUCCCUUAUUGCCCCUGACUCCCAGGUAUUUAGUGUUCAGCAGAUUGUUCCUGACUCCAAGGUAUUUAGUGUUCAGCAGAUUGUCCCUUAUUGCCCCUGACUCCCAGGUAUUUAGUGUUCAGCAGAUUGCUCCUUAUUGCCCCUGACUCCCAGGUAUUUAGUGUUCAGCAGAUUGUCCCUUAUUGCCCCUGACUCCCAGGUAUUUAGUGUUCAGCAGAUUGUCCCUUAUUGCCCCUGACUCCCAGGUAUUUAGUGUUCAGCAGAUUGCUCCUUAUUGCCCCUGACUCCCAGGUAUUUAGUGUUCAGCAGAUUGUUCCUGACUCCAAGGUAUUUAGUGUUCAGCAGAUUGUCCCUUAUUGCCCCUGACUCCCAGGUAUUUAGUGUUCAGCAGAUUGUCCCUUAUUGCCCCUGACUCCCAGGUAUUUAGUGUUCAGCAGAUUGUUCCUGACUCCAAGGUAUUUAGUGUUCAGCAGAUUGCUCCUUAUUGCCCCUGACUCCCAGGUAUUUAGUGUUCAGCAGAUUGUUCCUGACUCCAAGGUAUUUAGUGUUCAGCAGAUUGUCCCUUAUUGCCCCUGACUCCCAGGUAUUUAGUGUUCAGCAGAUUGUUCCUGACUCCAAGGUAUUUAGUGUUCAGCAGAUUGCUCCUUAUUGCCCCUGACUCCCAGGUAUUUAGUGUUCAGCAGAUUGUCCCUUAUUGCCCCUGACUCCCAGGUAUUUAGUGUUCAGCAGAUUGCUCCUUAUUGCCCCUGACUCCCAGGUAUUUAGUGUUCAGCAGAUUGUUCCUGACUCCAAGGUAUUUAGUGUUCAGCAGAUUGUCCCUUAUUGCCCCUGACUCCCAGGUAUUUAGUGUUCAGCAGAUUGUUCCUGACUCCAAGGUAUUUAGUGUUCAGCAGAUUGUCCCUUAUUGCCCCUGACUCCCAGGUAUUUAGUGUUCAGCAGAUUGUUCUUUAUUGCCCCUGACUAUAAGGUAUUUCGUGUUCAGCAGAUUGUCCCUUAUUGCCCCUGACUCCCAGGUAUUUUGUGUUCAGCAGAUUGCUCCUUAUUGCCCCCGACUCCCAGGUAUUUAGUGUUCAGCAGAUUGUCCCUUAUUGCCCCUGACUCCCAGGUAUUUAGUGUUCAGCAGAUUGUCCCUUAUUGCCCCUGACUCCAAGGUAAUUAGUGUUCAGCAGAUUGUUCUUUAUUGCCCCUGACUAUAAGGUAUUUAGUGUUCAGCAGAUUGCUCCUUAUUGCCCCUGACUCCAAGGUAUUUAGUGUUCAGCAGAUUGUUCCUUAUUGCCCCUGGACUCCUAGGUAUUUAGUGUUCAGCAGAUUGCUCCUUAUUACCCCUGGACUCCUAGGUAUUUAGUGUUCAGCAGAUUGCUCCUUAUUACCUUGUUAAUCUUGACUUGACUUGUUAAUCGCUCCAGAAUCGUGUGAAUAGUCAAACAUAAUGCUGAAGUAGUUGACAUUUAAAUAGAGGUGGAAGUGCUGAGGAAUGGAUAAGGUUUUAUAUAAACAGGGCUUAUUAUAUCUCACUGCAGUAUUCAGCUAAUAGGAGCCCUGCUGUAGGUGUAAUUCAAUUAGAACUAUUUAAUGAAGAUGUGGCUGUAUUAUCUCAAGGCAAGGCCCCUCUCCUCUACCAACUGAAAAUGCUUUUCUGCCCUGCAGCCUAUUGCCAUGGGUUUUACACAGUGUACAAAACAUUAAGAACACCUGGUCUUUACAUGACAUAGACUGACCAGGUGAAUCCAGGUGAAAGAUAUGAUCCCUUGUUGAUUUCACUUGUUAAAUCCUCUUCAAUCAGUGUAGAUGAAGGGGAGGAGACAGGUUAAAUAAGGGUUUUUAAGCCUUGAGACAUGGAUUGUGUGCCAUUCAGAUGGUGAAGGGUCAAGGCAAAAUAUUUAAGUGCCUUUGAACGGGGUAUGGUAGUAGGCGCCAGAACUGCAACGCUGCUGGAUUUUUCAACAGUUUCCGUGUGUAUUGACAAUGGUCCACCAUCCAAAGGACAUUCAGCCAACUUGAGACAACUGUGGGGAACAUUGCAGUCAACAUGGACCAGCAUCCCUGUGGAACGCUUUCGACACCUUGUAGAGUCCACGCCCCAACGAAUUGAGGCUGUUCUGAGGGCGAAAGGGGAUUGCAAUUCAAUGUUAAGAAAGUGUUCCUAAUGUUUUGUCCACUCAGUGGUUUUCUAUCCCGCUGCCUUUCCUGACAUGUGAUUUGGUAAGACAUGAUUUAGGAACAGUGCCUGUCCAGGGGCAGAACGACAGAUUUGUACCUUGUCAGCUCGGGGAUUUGAACUUGCAACCUUUUGGUUACCAGUCCAACGCUCUAACCACUAGGCUACCCUGCCGCCCCAUGUCAUUCUGUUUUUGAAUCCAUAUUGUUAAUCGCACUAGACUGUGUGGGUUGGCAUGGUGAUAAUGUAUGUACAAGUAGUUAGCUGUCUGUUCCUCUGGACUGGAGGGUUCCCAGAAGUUACUUCAACAAACACCCAACCUUACAGCAACGUUUUUUUUUUAAAUGAUGUAGAGUUCAUGCUUAGCCAACCAUGAGGCCUUUGUCAACAUAUACAGACAGACUUGCUUCCCAUGUACUCCUUUAUAUAAUCUGUUAGCUUCACUCACCUCCCAAAACGUAGUGAAUUCUUGGUGUGUUUAAAAUGGACACGUCUUACUUCUGUGGGGAAGAUUGUAAAGGAGUUGAUGUCGUCAUUGAUUAUGUUGGGGAAGAUUGUAAAGGAGUUGAUGUAGUUAUUGAUUAUGUUGAGGAAGAUUGUAAAGGAGUUGAUGUAGUUAUUGAUUAUAUUGGGGAAGAUUGUAAAGGAGUUGAUGUAGUCAUUGAUUAUAUUGGGGAAGAUUGUAAAGGAGUUGAUGUAGUCAUUGAUUAUGUUGGGGAAGAUUGUAAAGCAGUUGAUGUAGUCAUUGAUUAUAUUGGGGAAGAUUGUAAAGGAGUUGAUGUCGUCAUUGAUUAUAUUGGGGAAGAUUGUAAAGGAGUUGAUGUCGUCAUUGAUUAUAUUGGGGAAGAUUGUAAAGGAGUUGAUGUAGUCAUUGAUUAUAUUGGGGAAGAUUGUAAAGGAGUUGAUGUAGUCAUUGAUUAUAUUGGGGAAGAUUGUAAAGGAGUUGAUGUCGUCAUUGAUUAUGUUGGGGAAGUUUGUAAAGGAGUUGAUGUCGUCAUUGAUUAUAUUGGGGAAGAUUGUAAAGGAGUUGAUGUAGUCAUUGAUUAUAUUGGGGAAGAUUGUAAAGGAGUUGAUGUCGUCAUUGAUUGUGUUGGGGAAGAUUGUAAAGGAGUUGAUGUCGUCAUUGAUUGUGUUGGGGAAGAUUGUAAAGGAGUUGAUGUAGUCAUUGAUUAUAUUGGGGAAGAUUGUAAAGGAGUUGAUGUCGUCAUUGAUUGUGUUGGGGAAGAUUGUAAAGGAGUUGAUGUCGUCAUUGAUUAUGUUAGGGAAGAUUGUAAAGGAGUUGAUGUCGUCAUUGAUUAUGUUGGGGAAGAUUGUAAAGCAGUUGAUGUAGUCAUUGAUUAUGUUGGGGAAGAUUGUAAAGGAGUUGAUGUCGUCAUUGAUUGUGUUGGGGAAGAUUGUAAAGGAGUUGAUGUAGUCAUUGAUUAUGUUGGGGAAGAUUGUAAAGGAGUUGAUGUCGUCAUUGAUUAUGUUGGGGAAGACUGUAAAGGAGUUGAUGUAGUCAUUGAUUAUGUUGCAUGAUGAAAGUCUCUUCAAGUGAUUUAUCAGAAACAGCAAUGCUGGAAGACUGUUCGUACCUGAAUCUUUCUGUGUACAGAUUUGUCUAUUGCAGCAGUUUGUACUGUAUUUAUAUUUGAUACCAUCUUUCACAACCAAUUAUGUUUUGAAAUCUUUUAAAGAAGCUGAAAUUCA